GCUGAAGUUGCGUCGACAAAAUUUUCGCAAGGCGUUAGUUGGAUCUUAACCAAAGUUGCAUGCCCUUGUCACGAAUAUGGAUUCUGCACUUAAAUUUCUGCUUCUUUCUUUUGCGACAUCUGUGGCCUGUCGCCAAUUACACCAGUUGAGUAAGAAUGGAAUAUCCUCCAACGGGUUUCAAGCAUCUGGGCUGAUCGACCAUCCCGGCGCCCUAUCAUGCCCCACAUAUCUACCCUCCGACAUCUCCGCUUCUACAAUAGGCCAAAUAUCCACUUGUUCCCAUCUGAAGUGGAGAUCAUCUCGAUACAGCUACUUAGUCCAGGCACUGGCGGAUAGGGCACCUAUCUCGCUGUUCUCUGCAUAUACUCUACGAAUAGUCAUCGUCCCAUAUCGUUCCUUCAAUUCUUCGUACAAAGUCUCUCCGGAACGGGCCGAGGACGAUUGUUAAGCUCGGAGCUAAACGGAGUUAUUAGCAAAUGCUUCAACACGCCCCCUGUACGGGUACAUAUGUUGUUUAUUUACAUGGAGUUAGUGGCGUAGAUGACAUAUGUAACUUGCGUGUUAUCCCCGUUAGCUCGAAUAUGUAGCCGCAAGAACAAGAUGGCAGCAGAGUGGUAUGAUGGAUCAGGAACAAGCAAAAUCUCGCCGUCCAUGAGAGACCUGAUAUUUCUUCUGUUGCCUUACGUCUAGGGACAUAAUUGACGGAAUGGUUACUUACAAAAGCCACCCCUCGUGGUAAAGAAGUAUGCAAGCAGAACGCGAAUGAUACAAAAAAACGACAUGUAUUCAGCACAGAAGCUUUACUUUAUGGUCUCAUUU